UUAGUGUAAAUUAGCGACAAAGCGUUUCAGGAAAUGAUGGAGAGGUUCAAAAGGCUGUGAAGAGAUUCACUGUAAUAUGUCUACAAAAAGAUCGUUUCUAUAUUUACUGAUAGUGUCGGUCUUGAGUGCUCAACAUCUUCUAGUCAAUGCAUAUGCUAAAAGAUAUCGCAGCGACCUACGUAUACGAAAAGAAUUCACCUCUAUGUCUUAUCAUGAAAGACGAAAAUUUGUCGAUGCGUACAAGAUAGCCUCGACACAACAACCAUUCAAAAGACGCUACGAUUACCUUGUAAGACUUCAUCAAACGUUAUUUAAAAAGGUUCACUCACAGAAACAUUUCUUUCCGUGGCAUCGUUGGUAUUUACUUCAAUUUGAAAACCUAUUUCGUUACAUUCAUAAAGAUGUGACUCUUCCUUAUUGGGAUUGGAGCAUUGCUGGUGAAAGGAUUUGGGCAACGGAUACUGGAUCAAUAUGGAGCAAGAAAUCUUGGGGACUGGGAGGGAAUGGAAAGGGUUUAUUUCACUGUGUGAAAGAUGGCCCGUUCAGCGUGUACAAAUGGCGACUUGCCCGCCAUUCGGGUGGAGGAUGUCUCAAACGGAAUUUUAAAGGUCGAAUGCCUAAUUGCAGGCAUGUACAAAGAACCUUGCUCCUAAAGCCUACACAGUUCAAGAGGUUCGAAGAUAUUGUGCAGGAUACAUAUCACAAUGAAUUACACUGUUGUAUUCGGGGCACAAUGGAGUUGGAAAAGCAAGUAACACGCCAGAAUUUCUUUUACACCACGCGUUUAUUGAUAAAAUAUGGUAUGAUUGGCAAAAGAAUGGAAUACGAUACAAAUGGGCGAUAAACGAUGAUUUGAAUUCACAUCUCGAGCGUUCACGGUACAGAGUUGGCGAUUUCAUGGAUUAUAAUGACCUCGGGGAUCGCGGAGUGGUAUUGAAAUAUCGGGAUCCUUUCCCCGGGUACAAAGCACUAUGCCUUAAAUUAAGUUCACCUUUAGUGGGGAAAACAUCAGGAUGGUGCUGUGAAGAUGACGAAAAAGAGAAAAACAGACAUUGAACUAAAGUUUUCACAGUCAAUUUUCUUCAUUAGGACUUUAAAGAAACCUGCUUUAGCUCAAUAUUUUUGUCGUGGGAACCUUUCUGGUUAUAGUGUUUCCAUCACUUUUCCAGAUUAAACAUGUGUUGAAAUGAAAUCGUUACACAGCAGUUUACAGUAUAGAUGCUUCAUAAGAAGUGCUCUGAUGCUAAUCAGAUAAGUGACAUACUGCAGCGAACUGUCAUUUUAAAGCAAGAUCUUUGUCUUUACCACAUUUUUAUUUCUUAAGAGGUUUCUAAGGUAGAGGUUUCAUAAGAAGCUUCUAUACUUCUAAGGCCAUAGUCGAAAGGGACAUACUGCAGCAAACCGCUGUCAUUACAAAACUAGAUCAUUGACUUCACCGCAUUUUUAUUGGUUAAGAACUUUACUCUUGUGUUAAAAAGAAGAGUUUAGAAACCACAA